GGCUUCGGCACCCCUCCUGCGUCCUCGCGGGAGUUUCAGCGGCGUCCACGAAAUCUCGAGAAAGUUAUAACCUGAGCAAAGCUGCGCAACAGUAUCAGGUUUCUAUGUUCGUCAUAUUUUCGUCAUCUCCAAUCAAAAGAGAAGGAACCAGAGGUGGAGUCUCACUGGGCACAUUGAAAGCAAGUGUAGAUUUCAAAGCAGCCCGCCGCUCAUUGGUCAAUCCCCCCAACGCUCUCCAUAACCGUACAUAUGAAAAGAGGUCUCCCAUCUCCAACCGUCGAUACUUUCAAAUCGGCCAAAAUGUCAGGCGAGCGGCAAGCAGCGGACGCUAUCCGCUUCUAUGACUCGAAGUCCUGGGAUUACGACGCUACCUGGCACAACGAUUUCACCAGGCGGUUCAUAUCCUAUCUCGAUAUUCAACCAGGACAACAGAUACUGGACCUCGCAUGUGGCACCGGGCUGUUGACAUUCCGCGAGGCCGAGGCGGUAGGACCACAAGGGCAUGUUAUCGGAGUUGAUGUCACUCCUGGUAUGCUCGCGGUCGCUACUCACCGAAAGACACAAGGGGGCGACAAAUACGCAAACACGACUUUCCUUAAAGGCGACGUCCUGCAUUUAGAAGAGACCGAAGAACUCAAGGGCAAGCAAUUUGAUGUCAUCACAGUGGCUUCUGCUCUAGUCUUGUUUCCCGAUCCAAAAGUUGCUAUUGAGCAUUGGGCAGGGUUCCUGAAGCCUGGAGGUGUCAUUGCCAUGGAUGCGACACAUCCGAGGAACUUGGUCUCCGGCAUGGUACUUGAGAGGGUUGCCCGCAGGUUGGAACUUCCCAUUCCAUACAACCGUUCAUGGAGCAAAUCAGAAGACACCUUGAAGCAGAUGCUGGAGUCUGCGGGCGUGGAGGUAGACCAAGUUGUUACUGUAGAGAGUCAAGCGGGAUACGGCCGACGUACGUACGAGAUGGAGCAGUGGGACGAUUUCUUCGUCGAAAACGUGAUUGUCAAGGACGUUGCGAGAACGUUUGCGAACAAUGACAUUCGGAGGAAAGCACAAAAGAUCUACAAGGAAGAGUGGGAGAAGUUGGCGAUAGAUGGAAAGAUUGAGGAGAUUGACUCGGUCUUCCUCGGUAUUGCGCGGAGACCUGCGGACGGUUCGAGGUAUGUGCCGCAAGUUAUACGAGAUGACAUUGUCUUCAAAGGUGGAUGUCGUUGCGGCGGCGUGCAAUACACAUCGAGCGCUGCACCCUCAGACAUCACACUGUGCCAUUGUCGCGCAUGUCAGCAAGUCUCAGGCUCAGGCUUUCUGCCCUUUACACAUGUUCCCAAAGACAGCAUCUCCUUCACGCAUGCGGAUACGCGCACAGUCCUAAGACUAUCGACCGUUGCGGAACGUACCUUUUGCACGGGCUGCGGAGCUCCGAUAUCUAUGUCAUACUGCUCCGAUCCCGACGGUCUGGGGUUGUGCAUGGCAACGGUCGAUCUGGAGACCCUUAAGACGGAAGUGGCACCCAAAGUUGUGAAGCAUAUCUUUCUGCGAGAAAAGGCGCCCUGGGUGGUACUACCCGAAGAUGGAACGGAGCGGUGGGGCACGUCAGAAGACGCGCACCUGCUCGUGCAGAGCUAGACGGUUCGAAUAAAAGUGUAGCUACAAGAAGAUGCGGUGAACUUUUAAGGGUACGCGAUUAUUCGGUGUGAAGUUUUGUGGGGUAAGUGCAGUGGGCGAGUGCGAGCAACUCCACUGAAUGGGAAGCAGACGUGUGAUGCCGCAAUCACAGGAUACACGCGACCAGCGUCUCAGUCGCUGAAUCUCCUGUUGUUGAGUGAGCUUCUCCAGAUAGGCCUUCCCUGCUCAUUUCAACGCGUACUGGGCCGUGCGCUAACUGUUGCACGAUGAAAUGUUUCGAAACGCGAACGCAGAGCGAACGGCUUGACAACAGGGUCGAAGACGUCUUACAGGCUGUCUUGCAUUAGAGCAUUCUGUCUGGCAAGGCGUCAUUGGACUCUUCAAGCGACGGCUACGUGUUGCGGUGUGCGUUGCGUACAUGACGGGGCGAGCUAACCGUCCCAGC